AUGGAGUGUAUGCUAAAUUAUAUUGGUGCAUUCAUCUCAUUAUUGUCAAUCUCGUUCAUUUUGCUAUUAUGUUUCUGUUGGAAUAAAAAACAAAGCUUGAUACAAAAAGGGAGUAAUUCACAUCAUGAUGUUAGCGUUAAAUCUUGUCAGAAAACUAAUCAUAUUGAUCAUAAACGUUUCAUAUCUCGAUGUAAACAACUCUAUCGAAAUGAUUGUAAUGCCUCGGUGACUGUUUCCAAUGAUUUUAAGCCUAAUCAUAUAUUAAUUGAAACUUCAAAUCUUGUAACAAAUGAAAGUGAUUUAGCUUAUGCUACUACAAUUGAACUAAGAGAAAAUCUGAAUAAUAGAAAGAUUAUACCGCCUGGUUACCAAUUACUACGUCAAGAAAGUAAUUCACAUCGAAAUUGUGAACUCCCACCGGUGCCCACAUAUUCAAACACAAAUUUCACUGAGAACAAACAGACUAAAUCGAGUAAUGAUGAAUCAAAGAAUAUUCUAGAAGAUACUAGUGAUCAACUGAUGUAUUAUUCAGUUCAAACUGUUAAAAGAUCAAUUGAAAAUGAUCAACACUUGUAUGAUAUAGCCAUUCCUGUAUUACGUCCAAAUAAAUCACGUACUGGUACUUUUGAAUUGAACAAUCAAUUCCUUUAUUCGUUAUGUGAUGAUCAAGCAUCCGAUUCUGAUGGAUUGUAUGCCAGUGUCAGUCAUCCUCUGUCUAAUAAUGAUGAAGAGGCUUUACGUAAUAACAUGAGACGUACAAGUAUGAAUACAAAAAUUAAUAGUCGAUUACAUAAUGAUAUAAAUGAAACUAACGGAAGUACUCAAAGAAGAUGUGAAUUCUGUCAAUCACCUUAUUAUUCACAAUUGAAAGAUGAUUCAGAUGUAAACAGUAGUGAUAAGAAUAGAACAAUAACUACUACUUCUACUGCCGUUGUUUCAACUACUGAUACCAUCCAAUUCACUGAACUUCCCACUGGGAUUUCAAUUGAUAAUGAUGCAACUACUAUCAACAACAUCUCUUGUGAAUGUCAUUCAUCUAAACAAUCUACUUCUUAUCUCCUUAGAAAAGUUGAUGAUUUCGAUAAAUAUUCCACAAAUCCUCCUUCUUACUCUUUUGGUCAUUUAUAUGCUCAAGUUACACCACGCAUCAAAUCUCGUCAAACUGUCAAUUGCCCCGAGACUGCUUCUGACAGUAGUGUUUACAGUUCCAACUAUACACGACCACCAAUACCAGCAAGAGGUUAUGAUCAGACAGAUAUUGAUCUAGUGAACCAAAUAAGAAAUUGCUCUCAAUCAAGUGAAAAUAGGAACAUGGAAUCAUGUUGUAAAAUCCUUGCAGUGAAUCCUUCCCAGAAAAAUCAAAUUAAUGUUACUGGAUCGACUAGUUUACAAAGUGAUGGGCUACUGUUGACUAAUUCACGUUGUAAUGAUGAUACUGGCGGUAUCAGUAGUAUCCAUCCAUUGAUGACAAACUGUCAAUUAGAUUCCAAUUAUCGUUAUAUUAGUGUUCGUGAAUCAUUGGCCAAUCUACGUGCUAGAAAUGCAUUACCUAUUUUGUAUAAUAUAAUAAAACGUGAUCAUAAUCAGCCUUAUCACAGUUUUGAUGAUUCUGAUACUAAUCAGGAGUCUUCAGACUAUGAACGUAUAUAUCCUGUUACAUCUACCGAAUCCACUAUUCUAGUUAACUGUAUCAAUACUGGUCUAUGUGAUAAACAACUUGAACAUUCCUACACGGAGUUGUCAGGUUCUAAUCAUGAUAGUGGUGCCUAUGCUCAAGUCUAUUCCACUAUAUCAACUGAUUCAAUAUUAACAACAACUGAACCAUCCAAUCCAUUUAGUCAUAUUGUAAAUUCACAUCCCAGUGGUGAUGGUAUUAUUGUUCCCAAAGAUUUUUCUCAUAACAAUAGUGGUAAUAAUAGUAAUAAUCUUAUUAGUAACAAAAGUGAGGCUAUGGAGACUUCAGUGUCAGCAGGUGUAUCGCCUUCUAGCUUUAACAACCCUGACGUGGAUGGAGCUAUUUACAAUGUGCCAAAAUUAUUGCCCAAUUCAUCAAAUAGUCUGAAUGACAGAAUGUUAGCUGAAAUACAAGCCUUUCGUCAUAUGGAUAGCGAAUUGGACUUGACUCAGUCUGCGAAAACCUUGGUGACUGAUAUUAUCAAAGGCGAUCGCACAUGUACAAUAAAUUCAGUUUUGGAUGAAUACAAUAUUGAUUUACAAGGUGAACAUGUGACUGAAAUUGUUUCUCUUCUAAAUUGUCAAUUGAAACCUAAUAAGAUUGUUAAUACUGGAACAAUUUCAUCAAAAUCUCAAAUUAACAAUAAUCCUACUGAAGUGUCAUUGAUGACUUCAUUAAUGGAAGAAUAUUCUUCAACAAAUGAAUUAUCAUCAUCAUCAUCAUCAUCAUCAAAGAUAUAUGGGAAACAGUUAGAUUGUAAGAAUAAGACUAUAGAUCAUUGUACACCAUCAUCAUCAUUAUCUUCUUCAUUGUAUCAUUCAUCAAUUCUAUCACCAUCAUCUUUAUGUAAAUCAAUUAAAUCACCUUUAGUUUUUUCUGUUUAUGAUCUUCACUGUAAUCAUACUACUAGUUGUAAUGAUGUUGUUAUUAUUAACACUGGGAAUCAAUAUAUUACUUCAAAAUAUUCUACGUUAUCAUCUUCUUCAACGGUUACUGUUACAGCACCAUUUGCAUAUACUGAACUCACUUGUAUAUCAGAUCUAUCAACAUAUGAUGAUAUUGAUAAUUUAUCAUUGACAUCAACAUUUAAUAAAUCUACUACUACUCACACUACUACUACUAAUACUACUAACAAUAGUACUACUUAUUACAAUCCAACUAAAAGUGUAAAUAAUUUAAGCAAUGGAGGUAUUAGUAUACGUAGUGUCGAUAGGAGUUAGUUUUUUUUUGUCCUGUUGUUUGUAUUACUACCUCUCUUUAUCAUUUGAUUGGUGUCCUCUUUGUGUCUCCCUCUCCCCCCCCCCUCGGCCUACUGUCUGUCUAUCAACAUUCCUCUGUCUACUCUACAAAUUCUAUGCUGUUCCUUACAUCGAUUAUUGAUUUAUUGAUUGUUUAACGCUAUCAAUCGGUCGCAUUUAUUACUAUUAUUAUUAUUAUUAUUAUUAUUACGGAAAUGAAUAUACUUCCUGUUUAUUUACUUUGAUAUAGCCAAGUAAGCCAUCGUGGUUGUGUUUUUUGCCCAUUGUUGUUGUCUGUUGAUUAUGGAGGAUAAUUUCAAUUGUUUUUUUUUCAGUGAUUUGUUAUUAUGUUAACGAUUUAUCUUUUGUAAUUGAUUUAUUGUUUUGUUUUAGGGGAGUAUAUUUU